AGCAUGGAGACAACAAUGGCGUCCGCGGCAGCAGCAUCCGACUGGAAAGAAAGCCUCUUGCAAGAGCUGGACUUCAGGUCGACCUUGCAGCGCGGCGCUGCCUGGCGAAAGGUGCUGGCUCAACAGUGAUUUGACAGACUGGAACCGAGUGCUGCACCAGCUCGCGUUCGAACUCAUCGAGACAAUGCGAGGCGGGCUGCGCCUUGCUUGGGAGAGCAUGACUAUUGCGCGGGACCCCGACUCCGUGUCUCGCGAUGCGGCAUUCCUUGCUUCACAGCUCCUCUGUCACCACGCCUGCAUCGACGAACUGGCGCUCCGCUGCGUCGCUAACACUGGCCGGUUGGAAAAGCCUGCGUUCUUCAUUGAUCUGCGUCCUUCAUCGUCAGCAGGAGAAUCCGUUCGAGUGAUACGCUCGCUUAUCGUUUGCGAGAUGCCGUUCGAAGAAGCUCGACGUGAGGGCACGCUCUACACAUUGCAAGGUGUCGACGCCAUCGGCUGUCUCGAAACCCUUCUCUUCCGCAGCCAUGGAUACAAAACCAAGUUCACAUCAGACCUUGGUGCGCUAUUACAGCACAACCGGAACUCCCUCAAAUUUGUGCAUGGUGUGUGCUCCGAGGAAGCGAUGCAUUCUAGGGACCAUCAAAUACAAACCGAGCGCUUAUGGGGCCAGUCGUUUGUAGGGCUUAACAUUUUUGACACGUUCACUGCCAUAGACGCGAUCAAGCCUCUUUUGGAAGCAUCGACGCAUUUAACGGAACUGACCGUGAACGUCCACGGAAGUGAGCUUUCGGUAUUUGCUGAAGCCGUUGCGGCAAUGAAAACUUUGACCAAGCUGGUAGUGAUGUUACAUAAUUCUACCCAACUGAUCUCCAACCCGAGUGGAGAUCAGUGGUCUACCCCAGCAGUCCUGUUUGAUGUGCUCAAAGUUAACUCAACGUUGAACUGUCUCUGUGCGAGAUUUUCACUCCUAAGUCCAGACUGCGAACGGGCACUGGCAUCUGCACUGCGCACGAACGCGACCCUCCGACACCUGGAACUCAGCGAUUUCCAAUGUACGUCCAGCCUGGCGGAUCUGGCAGAGGCACUGUCGGACAAUACCACUCUCGAAUUUCUGGAAUUGAACACUUCCUCCCUGCAGAUUACAUCAAUCGCAGCGCUGUGUCGUGCACUUAGUACAAACAAGACGCUGAAGACGUUGGCGCUUAGACUGAAGAGCGGAUUCGGCACCCACGAUGAAAGGGUCGCCUUGGCGGACGAGCUGACCCACAGCGGAAGCUACAGUCGCAUCUGUGUCCCGUUGGCAGAGCCCGACUUGCCAGGCUUGACAGCGAUAUUGGCCUCCGUUACGGCGUGCCCCCAGGAGCUUGACUGCAGCGAUAUCUGGCAUUUUAAGAACGCCCUGCUUAUUUCUCUCUUCGACGCCGUCGCUACGAGCUACGCCGCAAGCAUCGUCCGCAUGCUGGACUACAGGUGCCAUGUGUUCGACCCCAAGGCCGAGCUGGAGUCUUUCCAUUUUGAAGACGGAGGUAACGUCAAGCCCAUUGAAGACCAAACGUUCAUGUUUUGUCAAUUCUUUGAUGAAACAGAAGACCAUGUGUAUGUGUUUGAGAACACCACCAGGGCCAUGCUGACGAUGCUCCUUGAAGGGUGCAAUUGCUCUGUAUUGGCGUGCAUUUCUACGGGCACCGACAAAGAUUUCGCAAUGCUGGGCUCCAAGGAAUGCCCCGCAGUGGUCUCCCUCAUGGCCAGCGAGUUGUACCAGCGCGCGCCCAAGCUGCAGUCAGAGGGCCAGACAUGCGACAGCACUGGCCUAUUCCUCAGCAUACAGAAGGUGAAGGAGGCCGGCACCCUCCUCGAGCCGCUCUUGAAAGGAAAGAACCGGACGCAGCAUGCCACCGACGCUAAUGCUGAGUCUUCAUGGUCGCACGCCAUCUUCCAGAGCUACGCCACAGAGCGCGCAGCUGCGGCCAGUAGGGACACAAAGGAUCAGAUGCGCGAGGGUACCAAGCUCAACCUGUCGCUCCUGGCCCUCGGCAACUGCAUCAACGGCCGCUCGAAGAACGGAACCCACGCGCUCAUCGAGGAGUACAAGGAGAAGGUGGAAGGCCUUGAGCGUAACCUCGAGAAGGUGGAAAUGUGGCAGUCUGUAGUUGAGGCUGUGGUGCGAGAGCUCAGAGACCAUCUGGUAGCCAAGACGCCCUGCUGCAAGCUCAGGAGACCAGCGGUGGUGGCAGUGAUUGUCUCUGAGCUCUCGCACCACAGCCUCAACUACAGCCUGUCACAUUUCCAGCUUCUCGAGCUUACGCUCAAGGCCUUCCACCUUCUGCUUGUACUCCUUGAUGAGCGCGCUGAAGAUGGGUGGACAUGCUCACGUUCACAUUGA